UCUUCCUACACGGACUCCUCCUACUGGCCACGUCACAUGCGGAAGUGUUAAGAUGGAGGAUUCCAGAGAAGGUUCCACGAACCCACUUCUGAGAGAUGAGUGUUACGCUGAUUUCUUGGAGGAGGGCUUUGAUGUGAAGACAUACACUGCUCAAGCUAUACAUCAUGCUGUUAUUGCUGAGCAGCUGGCCAAGCUGGCACAGGGCAUCAGUCAGCUGGACAAGGAGCUGCACAGCCAGGUUGUGGCCAGACAUGAAGACUUACUGUCUCAGGCGACUGGGAUAGAGUCUCUUGAAGGGGUCCUUCAGAUGAUGCAGACAAGGAUCAGUGCUCUGCAGGCAGCUGUUGACAGGAUAAGGACAAAGAUUGUUGACCCGUACAACAAGAUUAUGGCCAGGAUUACUCAGCUUGCCAGACUACAGGUGGCCUGUGACCUUCUACGGAGGAUUAUUCGGAUCUUGUACCUGAGCAAGAGGCUCCAGGGUCAGCUCCAGGGAGGCAGUAGAGAGAUCACCAAGGCCGCUCAGAGCCUCAAUGAACUUGACUACCUGUCACAGGGUGUGGAUUUGAGCGGCAUCGAGGUGAUUGAGAAUGACCUGCUGCUGAUCAGUAGAGCCAGACUGGAGGUGGAGAACCAAGCUAAGAGACUGUUGGAGCAGGGCAUGGAGAUCCAGAAUCCAACCCAGGUCGGCACGGCCCUGCAGGUCUUCUACAACCUGGGAAGUUUGAGAGAGACCAUCAGUAGUGUGGUGGGGGGUUACCGCACCAGCAUACAGGACAACAUCACAAGUGCUCUUGACAUCAAGGGCCUGACACAGCCGGCAAACCCCAGAGGAGCUCCAGGCAGAGCAGUGCUGCCGACACCAGGGAACACGGCCGCUUUCCGUGCGGCUCUAUGGACGAACUUGGAGAAGCUGAUGGACCAGAUUUGCGCUGCGUGCCGACAGGUGCAGCAUCUACAGAAGGUCCUGAUGAAGAAGAGAGACCCUGUCACUCAUGUGUGCUUCAUUGACGAGAUAAGCAAGGAGGGUCAGCCUGAUAUCCUCUACACCUUCUGGACAGAUGUAACCAACACACUGAGUGAGGAGUUUCACAGAGCAACUGAAGGCUCGUCCUUUCUGAAGCAAGCAUUUGAAGGUGAAUACCCCAAACUGUUGCGGCUGUACAACGAGCUGUGGCGCCGCCUGCAGCAGUACAGCGCCAGCCUGCAGGGAGCUCUGACGAGCAGCGGAGGACUGGACGCGUCACUUGAAAUGAUGUCCGCAGAUACAGACAGCCAGGACCUCUUCACACAUGGCAAACAGGACUACAGCCCAGAGAAGGCUCUGAAGGACUCUCUCCAGCCGUAUGAAGCAGCCUACCUCUCCAAGUCCCUCUCUCGCCUGUUUGAUCCCAUCAACCUCGUGUUCCCUAUGGGAGGCCGCAACCCGCCCUCCAGUGACGAGCUGGACAGCAUCAUCAAGACUAUCAGCAGUGAGCUGAAUGUGGCGUUGGUAGAUCCAGAUCUCUCCCUGGCUGUGGCCAAGAAUGCUGCCAAGACCGUCCAACUCUUCUGCGUCAAGUCUGAACAGCUGCUAAGUACUCAGGGUGAUGCCAGUCAGGUGAUUGGUCCAUUAACAGACGGCCAGAGGAGGAACGUAGCUGUGGUCAACACUCUCUACCGCCUGCAGCUGGCUGUCUCCAAGAUUGUUUCAGGUUUGGGGGGUUGUCCAGCGGCUGCUGCAGAGGCCCUGUCUUCUUCUCUGGAGGGAGUGCAGGCCCUGAUGAGCAGUGCAGUGCAGCCUCUCCUGCAGUCAGUGAGCGACUCCAUAGAGGCCAUUAUCAUCACGCUACACCAGGAGGACUUUUCAGGGCCUCUAUCCAGCCCCGAUAAGCCUGACGUUCCCUGCUCCCUCUACAUGAAGGAGCUGCAGGGCUUCAUCUCCAGAGUGAUGUCAGACUACUUCAGACACAUCCAGUGCGCGGAUUUCAUCUACGACAGCACCGAGUCCAUUGCUCAGAGAGCCAUUGAGCUGUUCCUCCGCCACGCCAGCCUGCUGCGCCCACUGGGAGAGGGCGGCAAGAUGCGACUGGCCGCUGACUUUGCUCAGAUGGAGUUGGCAGUAGCUCCUCUGUGCAGGAGAGUGUCCGACUUGGGGAAACCUUACAGAAUGCUGCGCUCCUUCAGGCCGCUGUUGUUUCAGACCAGCGAGCUGAUAGCCAGCAGUCCAGCCGUGGGUGACCUGAUCCCCUACAGCACCCUGAUACACUUCUUCUUCACCAGAGCCCCAUCUGAGCUCAAGUCACCUCACCAGAGAGCAGAGUGGUCCGUCGCCCGUUACUCCCAGUGGCUGGAUGAUCAUCCUUCAGAGAGAGACCGGCUCACCCUCAUCAGGGGCGCGCUGGAGGCCUACGUGCAGUCAGUGAGGGCUCGGCAGGGGAAGGAGUUUGCCCCCAUCUAUCCCAUCAUGCUGCAGCUGCUGCAGAGAGCCACCAGCGGUCCACAGGAGGUCAGAGCCUGAAGACGUAGCUGAGUCGUGUGCCUCUGCCUGUCUGAUGACAUCACAGGGUGUGUAUGAAGGACGUGUGGCUCUGUGAACACUACAUGACGCCUCCUCUGGGCUGUAGCAGCUUAAACUCAUUUUUUACUAUUGACUAAAUUAAGGGACUUUGUUGUGUUGGGACACAUUAUUGUGACAGACAGACAAUAAAUUAUUUCCGUCACUUGUUUCCAGAGCUGAAUCUAGUAAACUCAAUGUAACAUACCAUAGUUCCAGUUAUGUUAAUUAUUGAGCGAUGAAGGUUUAAGUUAACCAGAUGAUUUGAUAUCUGUUAACAGUGUCACCAGGUCAUGUUUUAUUCUUCAACUAUUUCCACAAAUGUGUAAAAAUGUAAUUGUCUUGAUUAAGUGUGUUUAUGAAUCAAUGACUCUGGAGAAUAAAUGGGGAAAUAUUUGCAGGA